CUGUGCUGGGGGUGGGCGGACGAGCUCCGCAGUGGUACAAUCCCUGGUGGACUAGUUGGUUAGGGCCAACCCCAAGAUCGCCGGUCCCGCGAUCAAGAGGACCAUGAAGACCGUGGGGUUUACCGUCUCCGACCGGCAAUCACAACGCGCGAAGAAGCGCAUUGCGACCGCGUCUAAGGAGGAUGAAGCGGGUGCCAUUUCGCGUCUUCCAUCCCUUUUCGAAGGGAUCGAGCGCGAUUGUCCGGGUUCGGUCGCCACCGUCGAGGUGAGUCCCGACAACCGGUUCGUCAGGAGCUUCUUGAUGCUGGGUAAGGCCGCCUACGUCGCCGCGCACAGUAUGGUGGCCAUGGACGCUGGCCACCUCAAGGGUUCGUGGAAGGGAGUCAUGUACGUCCUCUGCAUGCAUGACAGCAACAACAAGAUCAUCCACGUCACCACUGUACUCGCAGACAAGGAGAACGCGACGAACUACAAGUUCCUGCUCCAGCAGACCUGCCGGAACGAGCACAUGCAUCGACUUCUUUCGUCCGGCGAGGUGACGUUCGUCAUCGACGGUCACAAAGGAUCACCGGCGGCCCUCAGGGCGGUUGUACCGCAAGCGCCAUGGCGUGCGUGCGUGAGGCACCUCAUCACCAACAAAAACAUGAAGGCAAUGGGACACGCCUAUUCAGUGGCGGUUUACCGAGCGGCGGUGAUGCCUACCAAGGUCCUGUUUGAGGAGGCAAUUGAGCCAGUCAAGAAGGACUUCCCGGCCAACUACAACCUCCUCAUGAAAAACGACCUUGACAAAUGGACACACCAUGCUACCCCCAACAACCUGGUCAACCUGAAGAUGUCCACCUCCAACUCUGCGGAGUCCACCAUUUCCGCGGUCGGCCACCAGAAACGGGAAAUGGACCCUUAUCAUUUCCACAUCGAGAUUGCGGAGAAAACUGCGGAGCAACUCGCAACGAAUGCCGAACUACUGAAAGACUGCCAUGCCAUCCUCGUUCCUUUCGCGGCCAAGUUCAUGGAGGACGAGAGGUUGCUCAGUCUUAACACGUCAAUAGCAUGGGCUUGGGCACCUACCUUGUUCAGGAGCACGGCAAUGAGCCAGUACGGCAACAGGGUGACAAUCGUGAUGCCGGACACGGAAGGGAAGGGUGGCCGCGUCGAGAGCACCUGCAGAGUCUCUGCCAGGUUCCACCUCCUGUGCCAGGACGCCCUCGCGGUGUUGAAAUCAAUCGACAGGCUUGACUGCACGAGGGCGCUUAUUGACAGCGGGUACACCCUGGCUUCCUACAGGGUGCUCCACACCCACCCCGACUAUCCCGUCGUACUUCCGAUCUGGUCAGAGCUUUCCAAGGGCGACCUCCUGCCCCCGCGGCAGGUGACCCGGCAAGCUGGUACUCCGAAGAAGAACCGUGGCCCCCGGCAGCGUUCCCGAUUCCCUGGUCGCAACGACAACUUCCAGCGCGGACGCGGCAACGUAGCCCAAGAUGGAGGUGGUCGUGGCGGCGGGCCUGCCGCCGGGGGAGGGGGUGGUCGUGGCGGGGGCGGCAACUCUCGGCCCGUCCCGGUACAUGGGAUGGGCAGUGUUCGCAGCCACGUGGGAGACCUCAACGUCGGAGGUUCCGCGGGCGAGCGACCUACCGGGAGGUUGUGGGGGGGGCUCGCGGUUCAGCGCUACGGCUCGCAAGACGCUUCCGGCAACGACCACGCAGCGGGGGCGGGGGCCGGGUCAUGCUCUAUGCUGAGUCAAUCCCAAGGCUCCAUCGACCUGUCGUAGCUCAAGUGGUUCGACUCGUAGCUCAAGUGGUUUGACUCGUCUUAGGGUUAGGUAACUUGGGCCUUUGAAUUUCUUCGUCGCACGUUGUCGGAGUCAAAUACGACGCUGUGGUCCGUGAAUGGCAGGGAGCAAGUGGUCGAAUGUGUGUGCAGCUUUGCGUAAAACUCCCGCGACGACGGGGCGCGUGUUGUAGCGCCUAAUUUCGCGUGCCAGUUUCCAAAUACGAUGCACAACAGACAGAGAUGAACAGCGGAAUCCGACAACCACGCACGCACAUGACUUCGACUUGGGUUGAUUAAUGGGUAGAACCGUCGAGCCCCAAGAGGAAGCUGUUGUGAAGGACGGUUAUCGUCAGCCUUAACGUCAGCCAUGCGCACCCACGUGCAAACUGCUUCUCACGAUAAUCGCGACAAAGAGCGUUUGCGGAAGUGGCCCUUCACCCCAACAGACAAAUUCGCAACCGAAUAACUAAUCCACACCGUGAACGCCCGUUACCCAAACGUGUUCUUGUCAACGGGGGAGAAGGGGACAGUGCGUCGUGUAGAAACACAGAACGCAAGUGUUGGACGCGCCCCCAGACAUAGUUGCCGGUCCACGUCUCCACCGAUUAGUGGUGAUGUACGCAGCGAAAAUAAAUUGGGCCAUAACCUUAACGUUUUGAACGCGAUGCGUCUACUGGGUUCUACUGCUGCACGAUGGCAACACUACGUGCGAAGAGUCUACUCCAGUACCACACCGCCACAGAAAGCUGUGUUUGGUGUUACCUCGGCAAGCAAACAUGCAUCUGCAGCAUUUAACUCUGUUUGGGUCGUUGUGCACAUUUCGAUGGCUUUUGAUGCGUGCGUGCACACAGAAUGUUGCACCACCUUCUGGCCUCGUGUCGCAGCUUCUACAUGAUUCACUGGGGGGGGGGGUUACGGCUGUCUGCUGCGCAUACAGCGGUGGGUACGUGUACAUAUAGUCUAUGUCAUGUACGUCCACCUGUCGGAAGUACCUUAGAACAGUAGGUUGGGUUCAACCGAUGCAACACAUGAUAACAUAGAUAUGAUACAGGAUUGUUAUGGUGGUGGAGUUGAGGGAGGCUUGAGCCCCGAGUGCGUAGGUAUUGCGAACACAAAAACCACAACACCUACUGCAUCAUCAAAACAAUGGCCCGCAAAACAAUUGCUUGCGUAGAACAUGGUCUCACAAGGUCAUCAAUAGUCCAUAGACUAUAGUGAUCUGAUGUUGGCUGUGUUUGGAAGACGUCAGGCUUCUUCAGCGGAUGAGCCGAUGAAUUAUAACACCGCGAGCACGGGCAAGCGACAGGUAGGGUGAUUGAGUUGGACGCCGCUCCUGCGCUGCCGCUCGC